AUAUAGGGCAAGUCCUGCCUGCUGUGUUUACUCUGCUUCUUCUUUUUCUUCUUCGUCUACUUCUUGGAGCUGUGAGUGCGUUUAGAGGAUCAACAGGCGGACCGAAGAAAGUCCGCGGAGUCUCUGGAUAUUAAUCCGCUGUCAAGGCCUCGGUAAAUUAAUGAGAAAGAGGGGCGCGUGCAGUCCGGUUCUAAAUGGAACUACUUCGGUUUUCCGCUUUUUGGUGUGGAACGAUACUCUUUGGUAGUAUUCUGCUCGAGGAGGCGGAGGCCUCUAUGAUUAAGAUGAGAAGGCUGUGCAGGUUUUGUGAUGUGCAAGCUACCAGCUGCAUCGGUAAAUGGAGCUGCAAGGUGGAGUGUAAUAGAACUGCCAUCUGCCCCGCUGACAACGAAGUGUGUGUCAGUAUUUGGAGGAAGAAAGAUGACAAUGUCACCUUUGAUACCGUGUGUCACAACCCAGCUCAGAGGCUGUAUGGCCUGCUCCUGGAAGACUACAACAAAAGCAGGUGUGAGAUGAAAGAGAAAAAGGGCAUGGGUUCAGAGUUUUUCAUCUGUUCCUGUGAUGCGGAUGAGUGCAACGAGGAUGUCAUUUUUAACCAAGAUAUCAAUUCCCAAGUGGUGGCUGUCAUCUUAGUCAGCCUGGUUCCUCUUCUGGUUUUGGCUGUUGUCAUCAUUGCUUCCUUCUACUGUUAUCGGGUCUACCGCCAACGCCAAGCCCCCUCCAAGAAGGGUCCUCCGUUGGACUUCAGUGAAGGCCGCGCCAUCAUCAUAAACGAAGAGGUUUCAGACAGCAGCUCCACACACGCCAACAACCUCAAUCACAAUAAUGAGCUGCUGCCUAUUGAACUGGACGUUCUGGUCGGAAAAGGACGCUUUGCAGAGGUUUAUAAAGCCAAGCUGAAACAGGGGUCAUCCGUCAGCGAAGAGCAAGGCUUCGAGACUGUCGCAGUUAAAAUCUUCCCAGAUGAGGAAUAUGCCUCCUGGAAGAACGAAAAGGAUGUUUUCUCAGACGCAGAUCUGAGACACGAAAAUGUGCUUCACUUCCUGACAGCAGAGGAAAGGAAAGUGCAGAGACAGUACUGGCUGAUCACAGCUUACCAGCCACUGGGGAACCUCCAAGAGUACCUUACCCAUCACAUUAUUACCUGGCAUGACCUGUGGCUGCUAGGUAGUUCACUGACCCGUGGGGUGGCACAUCUUCACAGUGACCACACCCCUUGUGGCCGCUAUAAGGUGCCUAUUGCUCACAGAGACAUUAAGAGCUCCAACAUACUGGUAAAAAAGGACUUGACCUGCUGCCUUUGUGACUUUGGUCUGGCUCUCCGGCUGGAUAACUCUCUGUCUGUGGAUGAGCUGGCCAACAGUGGGCAGGUGGGAACAGCCAGAUACAUGGCUCCUGAGGUGCUGGAGUCCAGAAUCAACCUGGAAAACAUUGAGUCUUUUAAACAAGCAGAUGUUUAUUCAAUGGCUCUAGUUCUGUGGGAGAUCAUCUCAAGGUGCAGUGCAAUCGGAGAGGUGAAAGAGUACGAGCCACCGUUUGGAAACCUCAGGGAACACCCAUGUGUAGAGAGCAUGAAGGACAGUGUUCUCCGAGACAGAGGAAGACCAGAGAUCCCCAACAGCUGGACCAACCACACAGGCAUCCAGAUGGUGUGCGCCUCCAUAGAGGAUUGCUGGGACCAUGACCCCGAGGCCCGUCUCACAGCACAGUGCAUUGCUGAGCGCUUCGAUGAUGUGGAAUACCUGGACAAGCUGUCAGAUUGCUCCGACUCGGAGGAGAAGAUCCCAGAGGAAAUCAUUGUGGUGGAUGAGAAGUAGACACUUAACUCUUCCCCCAUCAGGGUAGUUGGGGGACUACAACCAAGCAGCUUGGAAAGGAAGGAAUUCCAGCAGCUGGCUUGUUGGAUUCAUCAGAGAUGUCACAGAGGAGCGAACUGGAAAUUUUGGAGAUGACAAUGACCCGUUUUAAGACAUGGGCUUGCAUGGAGCAUCAGAAUAAAGCCAUGAAAUAACUAGGGAGAUCAUAUUAUAAAGCUUUUUGGUAACCAAAUACUUUUUGCACUUUAUAAAUAUAUAUGCACACCAAAUCAUAUAUAUGCUGUCUUCUGUUUCAAAAACUGAUUUUAUGUAUAGGAAAUAAAUAGAAUGUGUUUUAAAAGGAAAGAAAGGGAGAAAUGUAAAAUAUUAACAUACUUAAUAACACUAAUACCCUCAUUGUUGAACAUGCAAGCAGUUUGCUUCCAAGUUGGUCUUGGAUGAAUAUCAAGGGAAUGGAUGGGAAAGAAGAAGAAGGUUCAAGAAGAAUUUUUGGACAUGAAAAGACUUUUACAACCCAGUUGUUGUGCUGCAGCAUAUAGUCCAAAACCUAAAAGUUUAGAAUAGUAAAGUUAACGAUUUGACUGGAAAUAAAACAAAAAAGAACAGGUGUGCAGCAGCAAGAGUGGGAAACUCGCCCGUAGGCAACACCAGUCAUGUCUUAUAAACACACCUUCAUGGGUGCAGCCAAGUAAGUCUAUGCACCACCCAAAGACUCUGGAUGGAUGCAGAGAGUAAAGGAAGCAAAGAAAGGAAAAACCUCUGCAGGGAAAGCUGAUAACAUAUCUCAAGGAAUAUUAAGUGUAAAGUCAGCUAAAUCAGCCUUAAAAGGAAAAGGCCAGAAAGAUAUCUAUACAGGGAACAGAGAUGAAUAUUAAGGACACUAAACUGGAGGAUCCAGCCAGCUUGUCUGUAUGUAAUGGAAGUUGGUUUUUUUUUUAUUGUUUUUACAAAGAAAAUAUUAAAAAUUAUCUGUAAUAGAUUUUUGUAUAAAAAUGUAAAAUCAUUAUUAAAAUAAUUACUGUACUCUUUGAUUAGCUUUGGUGUUUUUAAAGCUCUGACACUGCUUAACGGUGUUUGGCACCACUUUUUUCACAAGAUGAUUACCUCUGUUACACAAUAAAACAUACUUCUAUUGUUUUCAGCUCCA